AUGGAGACAAUCAAUUAUUAUCCAUCCACUACCACAAUUGGAGGUCUUCUAUUUAGUAAUUAUAUAUCUGAAGAAAUUCGUUGUUUAAGUGUAAAAGAAUUAACAUCAUCACAAGCAAUUGAUCGUCUUGGUGUACUAAUAUCUGAUAGUCCAUAUGAUUUAGCAUUAGGACCCUUUGAUAAAAAAAAUGAUCGUUGUUUUACUUAUACAUUUUAUGAACAGAUCAACGAACAUAUGAAAUUAAAUCCACCAUCAUCAACUAAAAUAGAAUCAACAACAGAAAAAUUUAUUAGCUAUUCGACAACAGUUUAUUAA